UCGAGUGCGAUUUCCAUUCUUCAGUGGAAAGCAAAAUUUCAUUCGUUUGACGUGCGACGCGACUGCGGAACAAAUUAGAGUAAAAAUGGAUCGGAAACUGCAUAGUGCUAUACAUCAUCCUACGCUACGACUGCUACAGGAGUCUGGCUGCGAAAUACUGCCAUACAACUUGAUGUAUCCUGUGUUCAUAAUUAGCAACGACGAUGAUGUACAACCCAUUGCGAGCAUGCCGGGCAUAUCGCGCUACGGGCUGAACCGAUUACGCGAGCACUUAGAGCCUCUAGUCAAAAAAGGUUUGACCUCUGUCUUGCUCUUUGGCGUGGUGGAAAGUGAGCAUAAGGACGAUCAAGCCACAAAUGCUGAUUCCAGUCUGAAUCCCGUGGUGUUGGCAUUGCCCAAGCUCCGAGAAUGGUUUCCCACUCUGCUGCUAGCAUGUGACGUGUGCAUCUGUCCGUAUUCGUCACAUGGCCACUGCGGUUUGCUGGGCGACAAUGGCUUGGAGAACGAGCCGAGUAUAAAGCGCAUAGCUGAAAUAUCCGUGGCCUACGGUAAGGCUGGCGCACAUGUCGUCGCCCCCUCUGAUAUGAUGGACAACCGCGUUCGGGCUAUCAAGCAGGCUUUAGUGGACGCUGGCCUCACCAGCGUUUCGCUGCUGGCCUACUCGGCCAAGUUUGCUUCCAAUUUCUACGGACCCUUCAGGGAAGCAGCACAGUCGGCGCCCGCCUUUGGAGACCGUCGUUGCUAUCAGCUGCCCAGUGGGUCCCGGAACCUGGCCAUGCGGGCCGUACAGCGAGAUGUCAGUGAAGGUGCAGACAUGCUGAUGGUUAAGCCCGGCAUGCCCUACUUGGACAUAUUGCGCCAGACCAAGGACACAUAUCCAUACCAUACUCUCUAUGUCUACCAGGUGUCGGGGGAGUAUGCCAUGCUCUGUCACGCUGCGAAAGCGGGCGCCUUUCCACUCCGCGAAGCUGUGCUGGAGGCAAUGAAGGGCUUUAGACGUGCGGGCGCCGAUUGUAUUAUAACCUACUUUACGCCCUACAUGCUGGACAUAAUCAGCAACUCAGCUUAAGCUAAGAUCACCCUCUCUAUAUCAAGUGUACUUAAAUGGGAUCAAGAACAUAAUCUAGUUUUUAAGACAAAAGCGUGCAAAUAUUAGUAAUAAUUUCUUAAUUUGUGUUUAAACUUCAAUUUUUAGCUAAUCAUGAUGACAAUUUCAUUAACUUAUUCAUUGCAAUUGAUGUCCAUAGACAAUAAGCUAUUUUAUAUAGUAUUCGCUGGCCACUCAACAUUCAAUAUGCUUAUCAGCCCAGCACAUUUGGAAGGCAAAUGCAGCCCAACCCCGUAGCGAGUGUUUCCAACUUUGGCAUUUCAAUCGAGUAGCGCGCACAAUCAGCAUGACGAGGUUAUUGGUUAAAUGUUGAAAUAUAUACUUACUACAGUGAAUGCUCGCUAAUGGAAACUGUCACAAAUUUGACACUUGUGACUCACAAACUUCGAUUUUAAUUCAAC